AUGAAUAAAGAUAUAGAAUUAUCUGCAGCAGAAACUUCUACAGAUUUACCUCUUCGAGCUGUACGGACUGGAUUAGGAGCACUACUGGCAAAUGUAGGUUAUUAUCUACAUAAGACAUAUCUACAUAUCUACAUAAGAAACACGUCUUCUUACAGCUUCGAGAAACCAGCUCAGGUGAAAUUGGAAAGAAGCGGGAAGAGCUGCCCAAAACAGAAAAGGCAACGGAUUCCUCAGAAAAAACAGAAAGUAGAUUGUUAAACAGAAGAGAACGGCGAGCCCUCGAUAAAAAAUUAGGAACAGAGCAUGAUCGAUCGCUGAAAGAGGAAAAAGAAACAAAUGUUAGAAGCAAAGUUCCAACAACUCUGAAGACGGUUUUCUGGUACGUAUCAUUAUGGGGCUAUUCAGCGUAUGUUUGUUUUCCGUUUUUUUCGUUUUUUUACAUCGCUGAAUUGGAUUUUUUGACGUAAAAAAACGAAAAAAAACGGAAAACAAUCAUUUUUUUCACAGCCUGAAUAACCCCAUUACAAGACAUUUAAAACCCGGGCCCGCUGCGCGCGCCGAGAUAACGCUCGGAAGCGAGUUUCUUAAUUUCUCCGUCACAACUUUUUCCGUUUUAGAAAUGAAAAAAUGGCCGGACAAACGGAGAAAGGAUGAAAGAAAGAUACGGACAGACCCCGCUAGCUUUUUAUUAAAUAAGAACAAGACUCAACUGGCGGAUUUUGUGAAAUGGGGUUAUUCAGUGCAUGUUUUUAAACGAUUUUUUUACGUCAAAAAAUUCAGUUCAGCGAUUCAAAAAACGUUUUUAAACGAAAAAAACAUCCGCUGAAUAGCCCCAAAAAACUCGAAAUUCUAAAUUUUGAGUUUUGCGCUAAAUUUUGUGUUUCGCGCCUCAUGGGCCAUGAGUCAUGGCGGGAAAAUACUGUCGCGUCGUCUUCAGAACCCUGUGAUCGAAUAUUGAGUUUUACUAGUUGAACUCAAUUCAUCGCUAUUGUCCCUCGGUGUUUGCAGACUCAAGCCUCAUUUCUGAAAUUAGGCUGGAGAACGCAAAAUCCGAGCGGCAAGAGCAGUACGUUGUGAGUAACGAAAUACCACUUUUCAGUGAUCAGCUUUCUUAUAAUAGUCAUGAGGCCACAUUCGGAUACAAAUCGACGAGAACGAACAAUUUCAUUCAUAUUUCUAUUCAAAACGAAAAAUCGACGUCUGCCGUAACUGCCUCGCAAGAUCGAUGCCUCAGAGUCUACAAGAUGGGACCAGACGUGAGAUUUCAGAACUCCAAUUAUGUCCAACGAUCAUUGACUCACUCAUCAUUGACUCAUGUGGUAUCCACACAAAACAUUUCAGCCUGAUCGGAAACGAAUCACGAGUUACAGAUCCAUUGACUUAAUAAUGAUUGAGCAGAAAACUGUAUAGGGAGUCGAUGAUAAUGUAAGUGAUUAGUGAGUCAAAGAUCACAUGAGUCAAUGAUUUUUAUUUAUUUAUUUAUUUACGUUUUAUUUUAACGUGGACUGAUUAGAGGAGAGAGAGAGGAGAAUGGAUGAGGGGGAGGGGAUGAUGAGUGAGUCAAUGAUCGUUGGCCUCCAUUUAUUCUUUCCUCAGAAUACUGGUAAAGGCGCUAUACCGCGAUCUCACGUGCAAAACCGAGCGCCGCCGCGAGCUUUUCCAAUUUAGAACUGAGUUUACGUUGAGCGAAUGCGAAUGCGUGCAUGCGCGCGCGCUCCAAGAAUAAUUUUUACGUUUGGGAUGCUUGAAGCGCAUUCUUUGAAAAAAUCUUGAAAGGCUGAAUGUUUUUUUUAAUUCGGAAGUAAAUGUUUCAGAAUCACAAAUUCCAUACCAGAAAAUCGCUGAAUAUUUUUUCCACAAUUUUUUUCAAAGAAUACGGCUUAAGCACUAACCUUACUACCGAAACCCGGAUCUGGGACCUGAUAUUGUGCAUGUACGGGACCCUAUAUUGUGCUAAUUAUAAAUAAAAAAAACAUGCAAUGAUCGGAAAAUUAGUAGAUAAACACCCAGGUAGGUAAUGAACGGUAUGUCCGAAAAGGUAGGCAGUGAACUUAGUAGGCAAUGAACGAAAGUCAAAAUUUUGGUAGGCAAUGAUCUAGCAGGCAAUGAACUUUGGUAGGCAAAAAAAAGAAGGUAAAGAUCGUUUGCCCCAGGCGCGCUGGAGAUCACAAGAGCGCAUUCACUAUGAAAUGCCCGAUAAAAAUAAUGAUGAUUAUGUUCAGUUAUUCAGGAUGCAGAGCAAAUAUGGAAGCAGAACACAGGUGGGUUGAUUCUAGACGUGAUCUAUGGACAGAACGAACAGGACAUACUGACCACUUCAAAAAUGCGACCUAUUCAAUUGUGGGAUAUUCAGACCGGACAUAUUGUAGGAACUUAUAAUGGAAAGGACGCUGGAGCAAGUUGAAGUACUUUCUAGCUUACCUUUUUCUUUUAAAAUUCAGGAUAACAUCCAAGAAGCAAUGUGCAUUGGACAAACAGGAAACAAACUAGUUGGAGGUUUCAAAAAUAAUUUCCAAAUGUGGGACAUAUCGAUUCCGGGAAGAGCUAUUUCUACUUUUAAAUCAUUUGACAGUGGUUGUAAGGGAUUCGAGCAUGUUCAUUAAAAAAUUAUCCGACUCUCUUCUAGAUAAUACUGGAGUUACUGGUUUGCCUAUGUCUAUUCAUGCCAAUCCAUUAAUGGAAGACGUUUUUGCAGCAGCUGGAACUUCUUCACGCGGUUUAACUAGCUAACAAGAAAAACUCUUCAACGAAUUGUUUUUUCAGUUGGUAUAUACUCAGUUCAAUGGAAGUCCGCCGUAUCUACAAUGGAGGGAUCAAAUCGAGGAUACACUAAUAUUAAGUUCUCGUCCAGCGGUCAGAAGCUGUACGCAUCGGAAAGAUCGGUAAGAAAAAUCAUAAUUUCUAAUAAAGGUUAAGUAACUGUUUAAGGGCGAUAUUCACUGUUUCGAUACACGAAUGAAUGCGAUAGUUCAAGUCCUAAAACGAAACAUGCAAACAUCACAUCGCUCGAGAUUCGAUAUUAGUGAAGACGACAAGCUUCUUUUCUCAGGAACUUCUACUGGUGAUGUUGUAGUGUACGAACUACACAAACAUGAUGAAUAUCUGGAACCAUGUUUUACCACCAAUGUAUCUUUAACCUGCAUCCCAUGUGUCAGCGUAAAAAACGGUCGAAUCGUGCUCUGUUCAGGCCAAAGAUUGUUUCCCGACGCCUUUUUCGACCAUGAAGAGUACCGAAAAAUGGAUGGAAGCGAAGACGUUUAUCAGGACAACUCCUUCCAAGUAUUUGAAAUUCAUUAA